AUGGCGGCCGCGGCUCAGGCGCUGAGCGGCACCGGGCUGCUCCUGGCCGCCGCCGCCCUCGCCCUCCUGGCCGUGGCCAUCGGCACCGACUCCUGGUACGAGACGGACGCGCGGCGGCACCGCGAGCGCUGCCGCGGCUUCGGCCACAAGCGCAGCGACCCGCCCGGCUCCAUGUCGGCGCCCAGCUCGCACCUGCCGCUCCGCGCCCGACCCCCGCGGGCGCUCCUGCCCGCCGCGGCGAGACCGGGCCGGCGGGCGGGCGCGGACGGAGCCCGGCGGAGCCGUGGCUCCCGGUGUCCCUGGCGUGCUGCGGGAAGCGGCGAGCGCGGCCCUGACCCCAUCCCGGGGUCCUGUGCGCCUCCCUCUCCGCUAGAAAUGCUGCAGUGCUGGGUGGGACCACGUCCUCAGAGAGCCCCCUCGGGGGCCCAGUGCAGGGCCUGGCUCUCGCAUGAGGGAGUUCUCAUUGCUGCAGUGGAUUGCCAGGCUUUCAUGGUGGCAGUUGUCACUCAGGGCCCCCAGGGUGAAAGGGGAGAAAGCUAUGGAUCUUCUACUUCUGUGGCACAUGGAGUCAUCCAGCGCUGCACUGCUGUGAAGUACCACUACACCUCCAGCUCUCUGCCUCGCAACUUGCCCAUCAACAUCACCAACACCAUCCGGCAGGAUGAGUGGCACGCGCUCCAUCUGCGGAGGAUGACGGCUGGCUUCAUUGGCAUGGCAGUCUCCAUCAUCCUGUUUGGGUGGAUCAUUGGUGUGCUGGGCUGCUGCAAACAGCAGGAGCUCAUGCAGUACGUGGCUGGGCUGCUCUUCCUAAUGGGAGGUACUUGCUGUAUCAUCUCACUCUGCACUUGCGUAGCUGGGAUCAAUUUUGAGUUAUCCCGCUAUCCUCGCUACGUCUAUGGGCUGCCAGAGGACAUCAGUCAUGGCUAUGGCUGGUCCAUGUUCUGUGCCUGGGGGGGCUUGGGCCUCACCCUGCUGGCUGGGUUCCUCUGCACUUUGGCCCCAUCACUCAACACCUCCCGGGCAUCCGUACAAAAACCCAGACAAGAGAACGGGGCCGUGUGACCCCAGAGAGAGCGAGGAGAGACUCUGGAAAGCGCAGCCUGGGCAGAGCUGUGGGUUAACACCAGGAAGAGGUGGCAUGUCGGCGUGUGGAGAGCAGUGCCAGAGCUGUCGAAAUGCCAGCCCAUGGGACGCUGCUACAGCCUCCAGUCGCAGACACGGACAUUGCGAGUAACUCCAGGUUUGAAUUAUUGGCAACUUGAUCAUUGAUGGUUUAAGGGGGACAGUUCUUUCAAUUUGUUUUUCUUCUGUUUACAAGGGAUUAAGUCCAAGAUUGUGUCUUUUUUUUGUGCUGUUUUUUUGAACUGUACCUCCAUGGUCCUGUUAUUGUCCAGUUGUAAGGGAUGUUUACGCACCAACUCUAUUGCUGCAGGUCUGUGUAGUUCAGACCCAAUUUAGGGCAAGGAGCUAAGUGAAGUUGGCUUGAACACUUUUGCAACAGGCAUGUCUAGUGUUGGCUCAGGCCAUCCUUUCCCAAAAGAACCUUGAUCUAAGCCGAGGUUGAGGCCAAAGAAUUAGCCCAUUCUUAGUAUUAAUUUAUUUAAAUCAGAAACCUGUGCUAUUCCAUGCUGUGGAUUCAGCUAUUUACUCACUACUCAAACCAUUUCCAAAAGGAGCUAGCUGUAACUGAGCAGCAAGUCUCCAAGAAAACUCUUAUGGACUGGGAAAACAGAGGGAAGUUUUUCUCAGCUUCUUACACAGUGAAAAUUACUCAUCUGGCUAAGUAACAUGCCCUUGUUUUAAUGGGGAGUUGUACGCAACAUGCAGCUUUUAACUAUUCCACCAGAGGUACAUUUUUCAACAUGUGUCAUAGUUUGAGCUGCCAGCACCAACUUUCACUUCUGAACUAACUUCUGGGUGCAACUCCUAUUCUGUGAAAGGAGAUGAGUAAUUCUCCCUGAGCUCAAAUAACAGUACUGCUAAAACAGCAGAUGUACAGCCCCCUCUAAUAUUAAAGUCCAAAGGAACCACAGUGUAUUUUCCUCAGGAACAUGUGGCUUCUGCCCCUUCCAAUGUCAAAUGCCCUGAGCGCAGCGUGUCAAGAGCAUGCGUGUUCUGCUGGAACAAGAUCCCUCUCCAAAAUGAGCACUAAGGACCUUGGUACCAGCACAAGUACUAGGGCUAACUCAGGAACAUCAGCCAAAGUACUUUGGAGUGCAUUUUUCUUUCAUCCAUCUAGUCUUUUUUUCCUUCUCAUAUCCCCGCCCCUCUCCCAAGUGUCCAAAAACUGCACAGGUAAAGAUGAGAUGGCCAGCAUUUGGAGAUGUUUACAUUGUAUUUAAAAUACAAUACAGUGGCAUGUAAGAUACUUAAUGCUAAAGUCAGUGUAUUUAUGAAAAGUGUAAUUUUUAAAUGGAAGUUGUAAUUCUCAACUGGCAUUAAAAGUACUGAAAGACU